AUGGGGCGGAAGAAAAAACCAAACGCUUUCUCCAAAGACUCGGACAGGAUGGAUUGGAUGGAGAAAAGAUGGGGAACCUUCAAAAAGGAAAGGAAAAAGCCAGUCAUCAACGCCAAGACGGUCAAACAAUUCCUGGAAGUUGUGGACGUCCCAACACCAACACGACCAGCAGUUUAUGGACAAUGGGGAGGUACCAUCACCCGAGUGUUGGAGGAGGAAAGAGGAAUACCGAUGACAAAACAGGCGGCGAUGGAGAUAUCCAGGUGGGCAAACACUCAGUCACGAGCAUUGGCCAAGACUCAGCUGUUUGAGUCCAAAUCAAGUCCCACCAUGAGCCAAGAACGUUUUCUGAGAGUCUGCAAAGAAUUUUGGAACAAAGAAUGGAAAGACAACACCUACAAAACGACCGCGCUGGCGGUUUAUCUGGCGGGAAGUACUGGAGCGAGAUUGGGGGAAGUGCUGGGACUGUGGAUUGAAGAUUUGGAGAAGUCGGUGGACAACGGCUGCACAUUCAUACGAUUCCCCCUACGAGUAUCGAAAACCAACGCGAACAAAUCACGGCCCGAAAGCCUAAUUCUCAGUGUGAGUGGAAAAGAGGAGAUCCCGAUACUGCGAUGGAUGACUGGCAUCUUGAAUGGACGAGAGAAAGGACUCUUGUUCCCAGGCACCACCAAUGCGAAAAUCAAUGCUCAUCUGAAAGCUCUUUACAAGAAGAUGAACUGGAAGAACCCCCCAACUGGACACGGGCUCAGAGGCACGUUUGUGGUGAAUAGUUUGGACGCUGGGGCGAGCAAGACAGACAUUGUAAAUCAAUGCAGAUGGCAGACGUUCCAAAUGAUUGACAGAUACAGCAACCAGCACAGACAAUGCACCACCAAAGGACCAGCACAUGUUAUCGCAGAGCUGAAACAAGUGGAAGAAGGGAGACGAAUCGAAGAAAGGAAUAGGGAGCACAAAAAGAGAUCCGAAAUGCUUGAGGCAUUGCUUCCAAAGAAACCGACAAUCCAGUUGGCGAUUCGUGCCCCAACAAAGACGGUGGCGUGUCAAACGGACCCGGAAGUGACAGAAGAUAAGAAGGUCAUGGAAAAUGAUCCGUAUUACCAGCGAUGGCAAAAAUAUUUUGAAACGCACUAA